AUGUUCCCACCGACCCGGAUCAGAAUCACGAGGUCACGCAACGGGUGCGCCGUGUGCAAAUGCAAGAGGCUCAAGUGCGAUGAAGCCAGGCCCAGUUGCUCGCGCUGUCAGAGACUGGGCAUCGCGUGCCCGGGGUACCAGAAACCAUUGAAGUGGACGACAAGUUUGCGAACCCCCGGAGGGACAUCGAGUUCCCCCGUGGCAAGUCCGUCGAGACCGCCUCCGAAUUGGGCCGCCUACUCCUUCGCCCAGCCUCCGGCCGAACCUCCUGCCCUGACUACGGUCGACGUCUCCGGCUCCGAACUGCUGGAUCAGUUCACGAACCCCCUCGUAACCGGAGCCAAUGGCAUAACACAGCAUGAUGGCCUCGCGUCGGAUUCGCCGUUUGACCAUCUUUCGGGGGGUACGACGCCCUCGUUUGAGCAAACUCCAGGUCCAAUGUCUGGUGGCAUGUACCAGCCGUUCGAUGAGGAUGGCUGCUGGCCAAAUAGUCUGUUGAGCGAGACAAGGUCGGAGUUCGACAUGCCAACGCUCUUUGAGUCUCCGAGCCAGCCUUGGGGGUCUCGUUGCGAGAUGCCGCUGGCGCAGGCGCUGCAGGAUCACACGUCAAUCCUGGUCGAGUACUAUUUCAAAGAGGUGUGCGGAAUGAUGUCUUGCUACGACAGUCAAAUGAAUCCCUACAGAACAACCAUUUCCAACAUUUGGUCCGGCUCCCAAUCGCUCUACUACGUCACCCAGAGCAUGGCUGCUGCCUGUCUUUCCGACGUCAUGCCCGGCCUCUCUUCUCUCGGUAAGCAGCUGCGAGACCAAGCAGCCUUGUGUCUGUCGAUGGAAGCUCGCGAGUCUCAAAUGGAAACCUCAUCCCUACUGGCACUCGUCAUGCUUGGAAUGAGCCUCAGCUGGCACGACCCUGACAGUGUAGGCCAGCUCGAGUUUGAAAUACUGGCCAAGACGGUCUCGUCUUCGGGCAGCGGCCAGAUCAACUCGACUUUGGCCCAUAAACAUAAAAGGGUCUUUUUCUACAACUCCCUCGUCUACUGGCAGAUGCUACUCGCCUUCGUGACGGACCGCGAUUCCAAUCUCCAGGGCAUGACCCAAAACCAACCACAGCCAGCGCCAUUCGAAGGGCCGGAAACAUCGGAAUCACACAUACCACAUCCUCAAACUGGUAUCGGCAUCCAAGUUCAGAGGCUCGUGGCAAAAGUGGCAAGCCUUGUUAGGAAGGAAAGAAAUCGCAUUCGCAAUCGCCAGUUUGCCUCUAGAAAUGAUAUUGACCAAGCCAAAACCGCCAUUCUUGACGCGGAGCGCCUGCACUCGGAGCUGUGCGCAAUCCAGCUGCCGCGUGAGGAUGAGAUUAUCGACUCGGGCGAUGAGAUGACUCCGGCAGAUCAUCUCGUCAAGGUCGCCGAGGCAUACAGGUGUACCGGUCUACUCCAACUCUACCGCAACUUUCCAGAUCUGCUGUCGGCCCAUGCGUCAUUAUGUAAACAAAAACCCCGGUCCGUCAGCUCGAGCACCCUUGAGGAUUCUGGCCCCAGCUCAGAUGCAGCAUUCUCACAAGACGUGUGGCUGACUGGGCUGGCCCUCCACAUUCUCGACUUGAUACAGGAUAUUCCUACAUCAUCGAGGAGCCGGUCCAUCCAGCCGUUGCUGUUUGUGAGCAUCUGCAGUGAAUUGGCUCUUGGCCGCGGGUCUGUCUCGCUUCCCGACGUGUUGAUACCGCCCGUGGCAAGCAUUGCCGCCAGCCCGCGGUUCAAAGCGCCGGCGACUGACCUCGAUGUUUUGCGUGCAAGAAAGUUUGUCAUUGCGCGCCUUUCGUCGUUUGAGAAUAUCCUCGCCGCCAAGCCCAUACGGCGAAUGCUGCUACUCGUUAAAGAAACGUGGAAGUGCAUGGAAGAGAAACAACAGAAUGUAUACUGGAUGGAUGUCAUGAUGGAAAGGGGCUACGGGACCCUGAUGGGGUGA